ACUCCUCCUAGCUCCCAUUUUCUCUCAUCACUUGCUCAAAAUUCGAACUAUAUAUAUUAUCCACUCUUUCUUUAAUUCAUAUACAUGUAGCUCACGGAGACCUUCAAUUUGCGCAGUUGCUCUCAUGGAGACCAAAGGUUAUACGCAAGAUGGCUCCGUCGAUCUCCGCGGCCGCCCGGUCCUUGCCUCUCGGACCGGGAGAUGGAGAGCUUGUGCAUAUUUAGUAGGCUAUGAAGCGUUUGAAAGAAUGGCUUUCUAUGGAGUGGCCUCAAAUCUUGUGGUCUACUUGACAACACAGUUGCACGAGGAGACGGUCUCGUCGGUAAGGAAUGUUAGCAACUGGUCCGGCUCAGUUUGGAUCACUCCGAUCAUCGGAGCAUACAUCGCCGACACCUACUUGGGCCGGUUUUGGACCUUCACCAUCUCUUCGCUCAUCUAUGUCUUGGGCAUGAUGCUCUUGACGGUCGCCGUCUCCCUCAAGUCUCUCAAAAGUUCGCCGUCCCAGGUCGUGGUCGUCUAUGCGGCGCUUUACGUCAUGGCCGUCGGCGCCGGCGGGACGAAGCCGAACAUAUCAACGUUCGGCGCGGACCAGUUCGACGACUUCGACCCGCACGAGCGGCGCCUGAAGGAGUCCUUCUUCAACUGGUGGAUGUUCAGCUCGUUCACCGGAGGGCUAGCGGCCUCGCUCGGGCUCGUCUACGUGCAGGAGAACGUCGGGUGGGGGCUCGGCUACGGGAUUCCGACGGCCGGGCUCAUGCUCUCUCUGCUGAUAUUCUAUCUAGGCACGCCGAACUACCGGCAUAAGAUGAGGAGGACGAAGAGCCCGACGAAGGUGAUAGCUAGGGUUUUGGCCGCCGCUUUUGCAAACCGCCGGCUGAAGCGGACAGAUGAUGCGGCGGAGCUCUACGAGCUGGAGCCGCAGCACUAUGCGAUCACCGGAAAGCGGCGAGUCCAUCACACUUCAGCUUUCAGGUUCUUGGACAAGGCGGCUGUGAAAGGGUGCGGAAGCGGCGCGCCGUGCACGGUGACCCAAGUGGAGGAGACGAAGCUUGUGCUGGGCAUGAGCAUGGUGUGGCUCACCACGCUGGUCCCCUGCACCAUCUGGGCGCAGGUGAACACGCUCUUCGUGAAGCAGGGCACCACCCUCGACCGCUCCUUCGGCGGGGGUUUCCGCCUCCCCGCGGCUUCCCUCGGCUCCCUCAUCACCCUCUCCAUGCUCCUCACCGUCCCCUUCUACGACCGCCUCCUCGUCCCCCUCGCCCGGCGCCGCACUGGCAACCCCCGAGGCAUCACGCUGCUCCAGCGCCUCGGCGUCGGCUUCUUCUUCCACGUCCUCGUCACCGCUGUCGCCUACCUGGUCGAGCUCCGGCGCAUGCGCGUGAUCAGGCAGCACAGCAUCACCGCCCCCGACGCAAUCGUGCCGAUGAGCAUCUUCUGGCUGCUGCCGCAGUAUGUGCUGCUCGGGAUCGGCGACGUGUUCAACGCGAUCGGCAUCCUCGAGUUCUUCUACGACCAGUCCCCCGAGGACAUGCAGAGCCUCGGCACCACGUUCUUCACCAGCGGCAUCGGCCUCGGCAACUUCCUCAACAGCCUCCUCAUCACCGUCGUCGACAAGGCCACCAGCGGAAGCAGCUGGAUAGGGAACAACCUCAACGAGUCGCACCUCGAUUACUACUACGCCUUCUUGAUGGUGAUCUCGGGGAUCAAUUUGGGCGUGUUUGUGUGGUUCGCGAGGUGUUACAGGUACAAGAAGGAGACGUUGGAGGUCAUGGAGGGAAAGGUUUGUAUUCAAAUGGAGGCCAAGGCCGAGGAGGGGCCGGCCCCCGCCACCUCGUUGGGUGUGCACGUGUGACGCACGUGGGAGAUCUAUAACUAUAUAUACAUAUAUAUGAUGAUUAUGAUUAUGAUUACGAUUAAUUAAUAAACCCCGUUUCGUUUUCGAAAUGAUUUUGUACGAGGGGACCAAGUGUAAGUAACUAUUUAUCGAUUGAAAAAAUGUUACGGGCAUGUUUAGUUGGAUGAA